AGGUUCCUGCUUCAGUUUAACAUUCGAACUGAACCUGAAAACACCAAAUCUCAGCGGUGGAAAAGAUCGAAAGAUAUUUAUUUAUUCUUUAAACUGGGGAAUAUUAUUGUGUGUUUGUGUGUGUGUGUGUGUGUGUUUGUGUGUAAACAUGGCAAAGGAUUUUUCACCAUCAUCUCUGGACCAAAUCGACAUCUUCGCACUUAAAGACCCUGAAGGAAUCUUUGAACUAGUGCAGAUGGUGGGAUGUGGCUCCUACGGUCAAGUGUUCAAGGGUGUACAUGUUAAAACAAGACAGGCUGCUGCUAUCAAAGUCAUCAGUGCUAUGAAUUCGGCUCACGAGGAGCUGAAGUCUGAGUUGAACCUGCUGAAGACCCAGUCUCACCAUCGCAACAUCGCCACGUUUUAUGGGGCUUUCGUCAAAAAAGGGACACCGGUCAUGGGGGACCAGCUGUGGUUGGUAAUGGAGUACUGUGGAGGCGGAUCUGUGUAUGAUCUGAUUCAUAGCACAAAAGAAAAGUGUUUAAAUGAGGACUGGACAGCUCUCCUUUGCAGAGGAAUCCUCACGGGUCUGGCUCACCUCCACAAAUAUAAAAUCAUCCACAGAGACAUUAAAGGCCAGAACAUCUUGCUGACUGACUCGGCAGAGGUGAAGCUGGUGGACUUCGGUGUGAGUACACAGUUGGAUAACACCUUGGGGAAACAAAGCACAUUUAUCGGGACUCCGUUUUGGAUGGCGCCAGAGGUCAUCAACUGUGAAAAGAGUUCUGAUGGUGCAUACGACUGUAAGAGUGAUGUGUGGUCACUGGGCAUCACAGCCAUUGAGAUGGCAGAAGGAAAACCCCCUCUGUCUGAAAUGAAACCCUUGCAAGCGAUCCUCACCAUCGCUCAGAGUGAACCUCCAACAGUGGAUCCCCAAAGAUGUUCACACACUUUUCAGUCGUUUUUAAAGGGCUGUCUGGUGAAAGACUACACGAAGCGUCUGAGUGCUCAAGAACUUCUCACGCAUCCGUUCAUCACUGGCAUAAAUAAUUACUUCAGACACAUCCGCCACGAUAUAGAAGGACACAUACGCAGGGAUAAAGAAGAGAAAAGACUUGCUGAACUACAAGCUGCUCGGCCUGUGGAGAAGGAGAGCUUUCCAGCCAACUCACCUCCGGCCAACUCACCUCCGAGGCAGGUGGUUCUGGGACAACAGUAUGAAAAACAGCUUCAGGAGUAUUUGAAGAGAAAGAAGUGGGAAAGAGAGCUAAUCAGCCGUGAAAUGAAACAACAAUACAAAAUGAUAAAAGAACAAAAACAACAGCAGAACUCCUCAGGCAAUGAUGAUGUGGACAAACAGAAUUUUCUGAACAAGCCUGGACAGGCUCACAUGCACCCCCACUCACCCAACCUGCAGAGACACCAGGCUGUUAAAGCCUCAUCUCCAAAUGGAAAGCCUCAGAUCCAGCCUGUCCGCAAGAGUCCCUCCAGCCCAAUCCCUGUUCCUCAGAUCUGCAUCUCACCGCAGGAUGAAUCUGGAGUAGGACUGAGACGCCACUGCCCGGAAUCACUAAACUCCCCCCACUGUUACGAUUCCUGGAAUGCGGAAUUGGAUCAGAAACACAAGCGUCGCUCAGCCUCGCAUUCGCCCUGCCGCAUGAACAAACAGCACAGCUUCCAAGACACAAACGGGAACAGCCUACGUGCGAUGAUGAGGAUGUCCAGCAGUCAGGAGUGCCUGAGGAACUCCCAGCAAAUCGAUUUAAACAGCUCGGCCCCCGAACACUCGCUUCGACGGAUGAUGCCAGGCCGAGAGCGCCGCCUGUACUCCAUGCCACAUGGAAAACACCUUGGCGUUCCUUCGCACCAUGCGAUUCCUGCCAUGUCGUAUUCAGACGAAAAGGAAAACAAUAAAAGAGGAGCCAUGUAUUCUUCUCAUAAUGAUCUCUCCAGCUCGUGUUCGGAGGCGGAGCUGAGACAAUUCAUCCACAACAAGCAUAACAUUUCCUCCUCGUACAGACACGACAUGUCGGACCCGACCGGAAUGUCUUCGAAAAACCACCCCAUCAUUAACUCAGUGAAGGGGGUUAUACGAAGGUUUGGGCUUUCACCUCGUGGGUCACCUCGUCACAGUCCAGCAUCUUCCCAUUCUCCAUCUCCACCCAACGUCAGCCCACCUUCCACACCCCUCGACUCCCCCUUUAAUUCUACCAACGACUGGCCUUGUAGAUACUAAUAAAACUAGGCCACACCCAUUUCCACUUAUUCCCUGUAUAAAGAACUUCUUGGUGAUUUUUCUUUCCAGACUAAGAGGUGGGAUCAGAAAGUUUGGAGACUCGCUCUGUUUCCACACCAUCAUCUUCAAAAUAGUCCCCAUACACAGUAAUACAGCGCCCCCUGUGUUCUUCUGGAACGUGUCCUGGAAGUUUUCUUUUCGAAGCUAGCAGGCAUCUUCUGUUCUUCAUGCUGGAUCUCUAAAUGGUGUCAAAACGACAACCUUUAAGCUGAACAACAAAAUGGUUUAUUUCUUCUUUUAGACACUUUUUUUGUCCUUUUUUUUACUUCCGUUAAAACAAAACAUUUCACAGUUACAGUAAAUGAUUUUCAUCACAAGCGCUGUUUUUAUAUUUUUUACAUUUACACUCAUAUCAUAUCCGUCUCAUUAAUGUCUGAUUAGCUUCGUGUUAUAAUUAUAAUUAUUUUUAAUAAUGAUUCCUAGUUUAAAAGUUUAUUAUUUGGGGCUAAAGGUUUGCUUUUUCUGUGAAUUUGUACAGUGAAAUAUUAUUCUGUAUUAUAGAAAGUUGUGUUUUUGUGCUGAAUUUGAAUAAAAGUUUGUGAAAGUA